UGUUAAACACCAGUCCUCGAUCGAGUCGCUAUUAAUCGGGAGAGUAUACUCUUCACUGUCAAACAAAUCCAGCCCUGCAGCAUUUAUAAGUGCAGCAACCAAUAGGCUUAUAGAGAGAGAGAGAGGCGAGAGGAGAGAGAGAGAGACAGAGAGAGAGAGAGAGAGAGAGAGAGAUUUUUAGACGGAGCGCACGCAAGCCCACAUUGCCAGACUCAAGCGAGCUAUCGCCGAGGCGAGGAACGCGUUUUCAGAGAUGAGCAAGCAAAAUCCAAACUACCCGGGGGAGUGCCCCGAAAAAAGAGAUUACGCCGAUCCUCCUCCUGCUUACCAUGAUCCCGAGGUGGUUGGGUAUCAGAUGGGCUACUCCGGGCCUCAGCAGUACGUCGCCUACCCCCCUGGACAGGGGUCCUCCCAGGGCCAACACCCCAUGGGGCAGGGGCCGGCGGUCACUGUGCAGCCCGCAAUCUACUUGCAAAGGGCCCCCCUAGAGUACCCCAUGCCUGACUAUUUGGGGUACUCAAUUUUCACCAUGCUGUGCUGCUGCCUUCCACUGGGCAUCGCCGCUCUGAUCUAUUCCAUUUCGACUCGAGAUGCCAAUAAUAUGGGAAAUGCAGAACUGGCCAAAAAGAACUCCAGACUAGCCCGGAACCUGAACCACACCGGCUUGGGCAUCGGCAUUGCCAUCCUUAUCCUGUGGAUCGCUUACGUGGCGUUCGCCGCGUCACUGCGCUGAAACUGCCGGAUAAUCGCUUUUAGAGAAACCAUCUGUGCACUUGCCAAACGAAUGGAUCGUCACUGUUAUUGUCCUUAUUGUAAUUAUGCAUAUCGUUGUAAUGUAACUUGCAUCUAUGACGCUUUGGUGUUACAAAUAUGUAAGAACCCAAUCUUUACAGUAAAUAACAUAGUACCUAACAAGCAUCGCUUGCAUUUUCCAUUGCAAAAGACGCGACGGUAUUUGAUUUUUCUGUUUUUAUUAUAAUUAUUAUUAUAAUUAUUAU